GUACUCGCGGUAAAACCCGCCGCGUGCUCAAGCUUUAGUGAGUUUCGGAGGCGCGUUCAGUGAAGACGUAUGUGUCGUAUUUGUAUCGCGACAGUUUUACGGUUUUUCCAAGUUUCUAGGCACACCUUCCCACUAAUACCGUGUACUACCGCGCAGCCCUCUUAUCGAGAACAUACGAUACGAAUGUAGAUACUACUUUAUAUCUUCUACUAUCAGUUCAGUGCAUUUAAUAUUCGCGAUCCCCAUUCUCGAUCUGAAAGUAUCAUCGCGCUCUUCGAGUCCAUCCAUUAGCCAGCCCUCCGAGAGUCGAUCCCCAAAUAUACUCGGUCGCGGUUCGCGUGAUGCUAGACCGUUCGACCGUUGCAAUUGCAGCCCCAUCAUACACACAUUCACAUCCUCCCCUGCAUUUGCAGCACUGCAUUGCAGCCAUCGAAGUGCCUCUGCUGGUGCUGCUGCUGUUGCCCCUUUCGCCUUGAGUGUUUUGUGAGUUGCGCGCGCGUAACCCGCAUUAACCCGCUGACUUAAGUCCAGUGCAGUGUAUUUUUACUACUACCGAAAGUGUUGUGACACUUCCAGCGAACGUGUGAACGCGCGUAUGGAACGAUCAAAUCCCAGCGACAAGUUGUACUGCUGGGGUCAGUCAGUGAUAAAAAGUAAUCGAUUAAGUGAAACCGUCGAAUGUUGUCCGUGAAGAUCAUCAUCGCACCACGACCACCACCCCGUAACGUCUUGCCAUUAGCAGUUCCUGCGAAGAAUUGCAACUCCGUUCUGUUCCUACUGUGAUCGCGGCGUGGCAAGUAAGCGUGGAAGCGGUGUAAUCGAUCGAACGACAUAAACGAACGCCGGCAACAUCAGAUGUGACUGUGUAACAACGCACCGUUAACAACGAUGAAAGUGAACUCUGUGGUGGGAUAUUAGCUCUAGCUCAUUCCCUUUUGCAAACGGCAGACGCGUACAAACUAAGUCAGCCAGCCAGCCAGCCAUCGAGAGCCAGCUCAAGUGGUCAAGUGUCUGCCCCUCGAAGUGCCGCGAAGCGUGGUUGUUUGCUGCCAAGAUGUCGGCAGUGCCGGUGGUAUGGUGCUCGGAUCCGAACUCGUCGGAGAAGAAGCAACCGUUCGCGCUGCAGGGCAUCCAGCUGCAGGGUAACAUCACGGAGAAGCAUGUGCUCGCGAUGAAGGAGCUGAUCAGUGCCGCGUCGGAAGGUCGUCUGCUGUUACCGACCGACGGUGCCAUUGUCCUGCUGGACUGUGGCCUAAGCAUCGGUAGCAUGGUGAUCGAGGGUAAGGCGGGCAAGGAGGUGGCUGCUGCCGCUGCCGCUGCCGGAGCUGGUGCCGGUGCCGGUGGUAAUCAUAAAUCAAUGCUACCACCCUGCAGUCCGCAACAGCCGUCGCCACCGUCGUCGUCGCCUCCAUCAUCAUCAUCAUCAUCAUCCCCCGCCAUGAUCUCCAAUAAUUGUGAUCCAUCAGUGACCGACGGCGCUGGUGACGCCGCCUCGGCCGACAGUAAUCAUAGUGGUGGUGGUGAUGGUGGUCUCAGCAACAGCAGCGAUGAGUCUGCUGAUAGAAUAGCCAAUAGCCAGCAGCUCGCGAUGGUCAGCAGCGGUGGUGGUGAUGGGCGACGAUUACAGCGGCUCGAAGCCACCGAACGGUUGCGAGUGCUGCUCGAGCAGCAGCUGGGUUGUGGUGGGGCUGCCGCGCGGAGGGACAAUGAUCCGGAUGAAACCACCGAACGAACGGUACAUCAGCACCACGAACAGCAAGAGGACGAUGGUGGUGGUGGUGGUGGAGAAGGAGAAUCGGCUGAGGAUGAACAGCAAGAACUGAUCGCUGAGAUCGAGAAGCAGCAGCAGCAGCAGCAUAACUUAAGCAACAUACGAAGAGAGGUGGAAGACUGCGAGCGACCAGCAGAUGGUGACGGUGAUGAUGCUGGUGAUGAUGAGGUGUAUCCGCACACCACGGAAGAUGCUAGUGUCGGUCCGGAGCACUCGCUGGUCACCGGUGGCGGACCGGAGCUACUGUACGAGUUCCUUUGCUGUGCCAAGUGUAUGAACGAUCCGACGUCGAGCUGCUCGAAUCUACCAAACACCCGGAGCCGCAGCAUGACGGCGCUCAACAACAGCUCGAAGCUGUUAUCGCGCGUCCUGAACGGUCGAGCAAAGGCCCGGCUCUACUGUGACCCAGUGUAUAGCAUCUCGAAUCUUUACUUCAAGCGUUUCAUUAACUAUCGCGUUGCCAAAAGCCGUCCCGACGUUUGCCGGCGUCCCGUUACACGCAAGGGUUCGGGGCGUAGUGACCGAUCGGCUGGUGGUGGUGGACUACUGCCACCGGACAUGCUAAUGCCGAGCGUGAGCAAGAACAAGAAACAUCUGGUCGAUGGUAGCACACCACUGUACGCGACGGUAAACAAGAAGCUGAAGCUUAAAUCACGGCUCGAUGCACUUCGCCGGAGUGGUAAUUUGAUCGAUAGUUGGGCCGGAUUGCCGGUUGCCAGCAAUCGGAGACUGCGACGUGCGGCCGAACCCUCCAUGGCCGGCGGCGGCGGCGGUGGCAGUGCAGCGAUGAAGCCGCCCGGUGGUCCGACUUCGGCCAAGACGGUUCGGGGCCGCAAACAGAACGUGGUGCUCUCGAACCUCGCAAUGCCCGGACUGGCGCAACAGAUCGGUUCGCUGCAAUCGGAAGCGGCCAAUCAUCCUUCGUCUACUACGGCACCGCCACCACCGUCACUACCACCUGAUAUCCUAGUGACUGGUCCGGGGCAAGCGACCACCACCACCACGACCAAACCAUACUCGAGCUCGAGCCGCAAAACCAGUUUCGAUUCGACGUGCACCGUCAGCUCGAUGGAUUCGGGCUUCAUCGAUCAGCAGCAGCGUCAGCAACUGAAGCAACUACAGCAACUUCAACAGCAACAGCAGCAACUACAGCAACAGCAGCAGUUAUUGGCCACCGCCGCCGAUGACGAUGAAGAAGAGGAAGAACGACGUGCCAAGGAGGAACAGGACGAGGAGGAAGAACGGGAGGAUGAUGCGGGUGAUCGGUUGAACGAUCUGUCGAACCUACAGAUCAAGGAGUGUCUGGUAACGCAAUCGCGCAAUCGACGCAAAUCGUACGAAGAGUUCAAAUCACUCUUUCGAUCCUCGCCAGAUGUUGGUGGAGGAGCGCCAGCAGAUACCACCACCACCACCACUAGCGGUCACGCUGGACGUGGUCCGGCCGUGGUUGCCGUGGCAGCUCCUUCUCCCCCUCCCGCUGCCCGAAACACCGCCGGACUCCCGCUGCCCAGUCUGGACGAGAAGGAGAACGUCAAAGCGCGACGCAAGUCGUACGAGGAGUUCAAGGCUUUAGUCAAAAUUUGUGAUACUAGCUUUAGCAGUUUGAAGUCGACGGCCGAAGAAGAGGGUGGACCGGAGGAUGUGCAGAGCAAGGCAGCCACGCUGCCUGCCUCGCCACCGAGCAGCGCCACCGGGAAUCUGUUUAAGAUGAAGCGAAAGAACUCGCGGCGACUAAGUCUGAAGAAGUUAUCGAAACCGCUUGCCAACGGAUUGCUCCGUUCGGAGUCACUCAGCAGUGGCCGGACAAGCGGGGGCGGUGUUGGGUCCGAACCCGAGGUCAAAGGUAGCACGAUCUACGAUAUUCUGCGAUCGGGACGAAAACAUUCGAUGCCAGCUACUAUGGUCACUAGCAGCGGCGCAACGACGGUGACGGCGGCCGCUCUCACACGCGAGGAGAUCUACCGGAAGAACUACAAGAUCUACGACAAGCUGAUCUCGUAUAGUAGCAAGGCGUAUAAGCGGUACGACAAGUACAUGACGUACGGUACGAUCUACGAGAUUCUGCACCGCAAAUCCGAUGCCGCCGAUGAUGUGUUUCUCCGCAAACGCGCUCUCUCGGAGAAGUUUGCCAAACGAAAGUUAGGCGCAGGUGGUGGUGAGGCAGAUGGUGUUGGAACGGCCUCAGCUCACUACUGCUCGAUGAAGCUCGGAACGAUCUACGAUAUCGUACAGGGUCGCCAUCAGAGUCACCAGAGUCAGCGAUCGUCUUCGGCGGGCGAAGCGGUUCCGGCCACACUAUCCACCAUCUACGACAUCAUCCACACGAAGAAGGUGUCCGAUGGUAGCAACAACAGCGGGUCAUCCCCAAAGAUGGCAGCCGCCGUUCGUAAUCGAUUCCUAGUGAAGAAGAUCACGGAAGAAGAGCUACAACUAAGCCAUGCGCGUGAGCAAGCAACGACUGUCGCUGAUAAGGUGAGGAUGUUGGAUACCACCUCGGAUCGAAAGGCAUCGGAUGAUGCCGGUAAACUGGUGGUGGCCGAUAUGGUGGGACCACCGUCACCGGACUAUACGACUCCGAAAGUGACGGGAAACGGGAAGAAACCGACGAUAUCACGCACUCGUCGCUUCUCGAACAUCCUUUCGUACACAUCCUCCUCGCCAAAGACGACCAACACGACGAAGACGACGACGUCGUCGGCGGUGUUCAACGAUCAACCGGCAUCCCUUACCAGUCCGCGCCUUAAACAGAUCGCCGCCAGUGAUGAGGAUCUGUACAAGAGUGCCGCGGCCAAGCAAAAGCUCAAUGGGCAUCACCUUGCACCACCAUCAGCAACAAUGAUCCAGCAGCUUCCGCUACUCUCCGUCGAUGAGCUGUACGCUCGUAUUGGGAAGAUGCGAAAAUCGGCCACCGUUUCGUCGGCGCUUUGUAGCAAAAUUGAUGAGGUCGUCGGUGAAGCGGACCUGACGGCGGCCGUCGAUAAUGGUGGUUUCCGUCAGUUGCUUGCUGGUGCUGGUGGUGGUCUGACGUCACGAAACCCGCAGCUGUUGCUGCGUGUACCGGAGGAUCAGCAUCUAUCGGUACGGCGGUUGGCGACCGAUGAUCGUGAUGCACUUGCCGUCCCACAUCCGGGGCCCAUCUUCAAGUCGAACUCGCUCGAUAUGCUUGCCCCGAAGAAGCUAUCGCGAACGGCACGCUGGUCACGGCAGAUGCAAGAAGCGGCCACCAGCC